AUCUUCUAGUGAUUUACUCUAUCAAAAAAAAAAAAAAAAACUCCUUUUAUUUUUUCUCUUCUAAGUGGUUUGGUAUAGGCCGUAUCUAACUACUUGUAUUUGUUUGCCAACCAUCCACUUAACCACACACUCUUUUAAUGUUCUUCCUCCUUAUCUUCUUUAAAUACCUUCACUUUUUUCUUAUUAUGAUACUUGCAUAUCUUGUUUUUGUUGUCUUCCAGCUGAACUGUUCCUCACAUUUUUUUUACCAAAGGAGCAAAAGGGGUUUGCUCAUACUCUCAUUCUUACUUGUUUUAACUCUGUUGUUGGACAGUCAUGACUAUUGCAGCAGACUUUUACGAUGAGCAAGAUUCUGUGUUUUGUUCAAAGAGAGUUUGUGUGAUGGAUGCUGCCGGUCAUCUUGGUUCCGCACUUGUUCAUAGUCUUUUGCUCAGAGGUUACACUGUACAUGCUGCUUUUCAAAACCAUGAUGAAAUGCAAUGUUUUAAGAGGAAGUAUGGUUGUGGCAAUGUUGAUGACAGCAAAAGCAAGAAAUUGAUAUGUUUCCAUGCUGACCCCUUGGAUUAUCACAGCAUUGUGGAUGCUCUCAAAGGCUGUUGUGGUCUGUUUUACUCGUUCGAGGCCCCCUCUGACUAUCCUACUUAUGACGAAUUGAUGGGAGAAAUGGAAGUCAGAGCAGCUCACAAUGUGAUGGAAGCCUGUGCCCAAACAGAUACCUUAAACAAGGUAGUUUUUACAUCCUCCGCAACAGCUGUGUUAUGGGGCACAAGGAAAAGGGACCAACACGACACUCCUGUGGCUUCUCAUUCUGACUCCUAUGUCGAUGAAAGAGACUGGACUGACAUCAACUUUUGCAAAAAAUACAAGUUAUGGCACGGGCUAUCAAAGACACAAGCGGAGAAAGCAGCAUGGGCAUUGGCAAUGGACAGAGAAGUGAGCAUGGUGUCGAUAAAUGCAGGAUUGUUAAUUCAUCCAGACCUCAAUAUAAGAGAACCUUACUUGAAGGGAGCUGCAGAAAUGUACGAAGAUGGUGUGUUUGUUGCAGUGGACCUCAAGUUCUUAGUAGAUGCCCAUAUUUGUGCGUUUGAGGAUGUUUCCUCUUACGGACGAUACUUAUGCUUCAACAGAGUCAUAAACACUAGUAAAGAUGCUACCACAUUAGCCAAUAUGCUUCUGCCUCCUUCAGCGUCAUCUGAAACUCAAAGUUUGGAGGACGAUAUUGUAUAUGAGCAAAGGAUUAGCAACAAGAAACUAAACAAGUUGAUGCUCGGAUUUGAUACUGGAUUGGACGUCCAAGUCAAUUGAUUGAUGCCACACCGCGUAUAAAGCAUGGCUCGUACAGAACUAAUCCAAAGAACAUUGUUUCGCUCCAAAGAGACGAGAAGAACCACAUCGUUAUUUUAGAUAGAUUUUGGAAAUUCAAUCAUCAUUAGUUUAUUACAAAUUCUUUUGUCUUUUGUCUGAAGAUACCUAUUACGAAAUUCAUUUACAAGAAAGUUGCAUAUAAAGGAAGCAUGACAGAAAUGCUAUAUGACCAAAAGAAGCAUUUGUCUUGAUAUAUGUAACAGUAGCUAGUAGUACCUUUUCACUUGCAAAUUACUAUAAGAGUGAAAUCAAAUUGAGAAUGGAUGUUUUGUCCCAAA